AUGCAUUGUGUUGAAGAACAUCUCAAGGAUUAUAUCAAGCCAAAUUCUCGCGUUUUAGUUACAUUUGGAGGCGGCUCAAUUGACAAUAAUGGAGCUCGUGCAGAUGUUACCAAAACAUUAGCUGAAUUAAACCGCGAAACACGUUGGGAAGGUGGUAUUCCACCAAAACCAGAGUAUGAUCGUCUCAUCGAAAUUGUUAAAGUCGCCAAAGAAUUCCAACCAAACUUACUUCUUGCUGUUGGAGGUGGCUCAAUUGUAGAUUGUACAAAGUUCAAUUCUCUCGCCAUGAACCUUGACGAAUCAAUCGAUCCAUGGGAUAUUGCUACAAAAGGUGUUCGCCCAGAAAAGAAAACACCACUUGGUUGCAUAAUGACAAUUCCAGCUACAGGAUCUGAAUGGAAUCCUGGUGCUGUUGUUUCAAGAAGAAGCACACAUGAAAAACUUGCAUAUCCAUCAUUAUCACUUUUGGAUCCACUAUACACAAUGACAGUUCCAAUCAGACAAUACAGAAAUGGCCGUUUCGAUGCAAUGGCUCAUUGCAUUGAUCAAGUUCUUACUCCCCCUGUUCCCCAUUACAAGACAACUUCUUCUUUUCUGUCAUGA